GCUCUCAAGGCUCAGCCCUGGGCGGGGUCCUGCUGUUGGCUGACCGCGCACCUGCCCCUAUCCCCCCCGGAGAGGAGACGUGCACCGGGGGCGGGGGCUGCAGGGUGUUCAGAGCCAGAGCAGGGGGCCAAUGUCCCCACGGAGGAGGAGGAGGCGGGACAGGGCGGAGCCGGACCGAGCCAUGGGCUGGCGGCCGGGCCCCCGGGCGAGGGACGGUGUUUGAGAGGACACGGGCCGGGCGGGGGAAGAAGCCGCCGCGAGGCCCCGCCCCCUCUUGCCGGCGCCCUGAGGGGUGAAGCCGAGAGGGAGGCGCGCUCGGAUAACGGCGCAGGAGCCCGGCAGGGUUCAGAGAUGGACUCGGAAGAAAUGACAACCAACAGAAGUGAACAAAAAUCAAGGAAGAUUUUAAAAAGUCUAAUAAGGAAGCAGCCUUGGGAUCUUCUUUUGGUAAUUGGAACCGGAGUGAGUGCUGCUGUAGCACCAGAAAUACCAGCACUGUGCUCAUGGAGGAGCUGUAUUGAAGCUGUCAUUGGAGCAGCUGAACAGCUGGAGGUGCUUCAUCCAGGAGACGUUGCUGAAUUCCGCAAAAAAGUGAUCAAAGACAGAGACUUGCUUGUAGUUGCACAUGAUCUCAUAAGAAAGAUGUCCCCACGCACAGGUGAUUCCAAGCCCAACUUUUUCCAGGAUUGCUUAAUGGAGGUGUUUGAUAACUUGGAACAACACAUUCAGAAUCCUGUUGUUCUACAGUCAAUCCUCAGGCUAAUGGAGAGAGGCACUAUGGUCCUUACAACAAACUAUGACAAUUUACUUGAGAUUUUUGGUCAGCAACAGGGUAAACCUAUGGAGUCUUUAGACCUGAAAGAUAAGGAUAAGGUUCUUCAGUGGGCAAGAGGUCAUAUAAAGUAUGGAGUUCUUCAUAUUCAUGGCUUGUAUACAGAUCCCUGUGGAAUGGUGUUGGAUCCUUCAGGAUAUAAAGAUGUUACUCAAGACCCCGAAGUAAUGGAGGUUCUGCAGAACUUGUAUCUGAUGAAAUCCUUCUUGUUUGUGGGCUGUGGAGAGACUCUGCGUGAUCAAAUAUUCCAGGCUCUCUUUCUGUAUACUGUAAAGAAUAAAGUAGAUUUAGAACAUUAUAUGUUGGUGCUUAAAGAAAAUGAAGACCACUUUUUUAAACUCCAGGCAGAUAUGCUUCUGCAUGGAAUAAAAGUAGUAUCCUAUGGAGAUUGCUUUGAAUCUUUCCCGGAGUAUGUCCAAGAGCUAACUGCUCAAAUCUGCAAGCAGAGGAGUCCAGAUGCUGAUCUAGUGGAUAGUACAACACUGUUGGGGACUUCAUGUGUGGACUGUGCAAAGAGAAAGUUAGGAGAAAAUGACCUGGAUCUUUCUAAGAGAGUCAAACAAGCACCUAAUGUUGAUACCUCUGCUGAUGACCUGGGCGUUGUAAAGAAGUUUGAAACCCAAGUGCAGGGCAACUGCGCAGGACCGCUGGACGGGGAAACAGAGAACUGGGCUCUCACUACUCCAGAAUUUCAGUGACUUUCUCUACCUGGCAUUGACUGUAACAGGCCUGCUUCCUGGCAACAACAACAAUUUGGAAUGGCAUUAAGAGUUUACCUUCACACACCGUAGUAGGCUGCUGCUCUUAGCAAUUUUUUUUCUCUCCCAAAGUGAACUAGUCUCAGUCAAGAGCAGGGAGUAGCUGGGGGUAGAACGUGAGCUAAAAGCUGUUAGGUUACAGUCAGAAUGUUAGCUUCUAAGGUUAAAGUAAAAGUUUGAAAAAUAUAGACAAGGAUUCAUUUCCACACCACCAGAAAAAGGCAGUGUUAAGUAUACCUAAACUAAAAGUUAGAGAAGGGUGGGGUUUAAACACUUGAAAGUGAAACUGGCACAGCCUAUAAAGAGACACUUUAAGUAGAAAGUAAGGUUGAAAUUAAUUUAUUUUUAAAGAACUGCAAACAAGUAUAGCACCUUGUGUGUCUGUUGUUAUUCAGACAACUUGUUUGCAUGUUUUAUUUCUUCCCCACCCACCCCCUUUUUCCAUCUACUUUCUUAUUCCUGGUUCCUCUUCCAAGCUGCUCUAUGCCCCUGCACCUUUCACUGAGUCGGUUAAGCUCCAUAUGCCCAGAGGGCUGUCGGCACAAAGCUACUUACAGGAUCUGAACCUUGAACUAUAAGCUCCUUGGAGCAUGCACCAUCUUCAUGUUUUAUAAAGCCCAAAUACCUGACCUAUACAACUGUACUAUGAAUAUUUCAGUUUUCACUUGUCAUCUGGUACCUUUUAGUAUCAAUUAACAUUGGGGGAAAUGAGGAUAUAAAUGAAAAUUGCCAACAGCAGCAUACAGGCUGUUCUUUAUUGACUGGGAUUCACUUCACAUUGGAAUGAAAAUAUUUCAGUUUGUUUCAAGGACAGGACAUGCUUUUGGUAUUUCAAGUAGUGAUGACAGGGAUGUUUUCACUGUUGCAUAGUUAAAGCAGUCCACUAAUUAUGUGUGGUAGAGAACUGCUACAACCCCCAGCUCAUCAAGUUUUAACCACUUCCACUGCAGCCAAAGUAAAACAUGCUUAAGACCCUUGCUGAGUCCUGUCCUUAGACUACCAAAUUUAAAUUCUAUUGUGAGAGCUUGGAUUUUUCUGAGGGGGUAUCCUGUAAAACUUGUUAGUUUCUCCCAAAAUUGUGUUGUCCUGGAGCAAACAGAUUUCUUUAAAUGAAAUUCUAAAGCGUUAAAAAAAUGAUUAAUUAGAAUCAAUCAGAUACUGAUGGCUGAUUAAGUGGCUGGAUUAGGCUGUCAUUUUUGCAUCUAUUUUCCUGAGGCUGCUGUGAGCACAGUAUAGUUUUGACACAGCAGUCAUAGGUUAAAAUUACUGCAAUAAACUUUUAUUGAACUCUGUUCUAUGGUACUUUUAUGGUCCCUAUCACCAUAGUAUCUGAGCAUCUCAUCCAUUCAGUUGGUUCCUCAGAUAUAACCUAUUUAACUUGUCUUUUAGUUUUCCCAUGAGCAACACUACAUAACUGCCUUCCCACUGCGCGCGCGCACACAUACACACACACACAAAUUUAGGAUCGAUUUGAUGUGAUGUGAAGUGUUUUUAAAUCACAAGUAAAAUUAAUUUUGCAUUUUUUAAAACAGGUAGCACUGGAGACUCUUCAAGUCUAAACACGACUGAAAAUUGCAACUUGUAAAACAGCCAUUCUUGCCUAUAGUGCCAUACAACUGCACUGUGAAAAAUGCACAUCGCAGUAGUGAUGGGAUCUCUUAUAGUUCCAUGUAUGCACAUUAAAAGCAGAGUUGCUAUGUGGCCCAUUAUGGCUGUGUGUGGGAUUUCUUCAACAUCUAUUCUACUGCCAGUAGAAUAUGCAUGUUUCAGUUAUCUUAUAAGGACAGACUUGCAACUGGCUUAGGGAAACAUAUACUUGAAAGGGAUAUACCUAGAAUGUGACGGUUGGGUGUGAUGCAUUCAGUUAAUCAAAAAGUAACUUGCUUUGAAAUCCUGUUUUGAAUAAGACUAAAUCUGGAUUCCCAAGUGGAGGAAAUAGGCCAUAAACCUAAACGUUCAUUAAAUGAUGCAUCUGGCUCUACUAAUGCUACUGUAGAAAUUAAUUUACACAUUUAUAUAAUUUUUUAAAAAUGGAAACUUGUGUAUUUACUGAGGAUUUUAGAGGCCAGGUGGAAGAUAAUAUUGUUCAUUGGACAUUAUGAGUAAGGGUAUUGCAAUCUGGCCAUAAAGUGUUGUGAUUAAUAUACCUUGUCUUCCAUC